AUGGAGUUCCAUUACACCGAUCUCGGUGUGCAGGAACAUUUAAUGGAUGAUCAAUUUCAAGCAAAAUAUUCUCAACCAUAUAUCCUAAGGAGUCAAGAGGCUGAAUAUGAGGUUCGGAGUACAGUGCUUGUUGAUGGAGGUGAUCGUUUUGGUGUCUCAGCCUCUGUGUUUGAUAAGUAUGAGGAAUUGAUAUGGAUGGGUAACCAAGGGGGUCACGUAACAUCAUACUAUGGACCAAACAUGCAAAAAUAUACAUCAUUCCAAAUUCACCACUCUGAGGAAGUCAGAGAUAUUCUGACAUUGGAUAAUGGUAUUUAUUGUCUCACUAAAACAUCUCUAAGACAUCAAAUACGUAGGGGCAUACCCAAGCACACACAUAAAUCCUCUAACAUGGUAGAUAUGCAGUGUCUAUUUCAAGUAAACUCGCACAAGUUUUUAAUAGGUGGACACCAAGACAAACUUUUAGAAUUAGACAUCAACAAGAUGAUUGAGACUGUGAUAAAAGUGCCGGAAGAGGGUUGUGCCGUAAUACGAAGUGGGGGAGGAUCGUUAGCCGCGUGUGGAAGCGCAAACGGCGUUGUUUCAUUAAGAGAUAUACGGUGUCCUGGAAAAGCGGAACAUACUUUCAGAGCACAUACUGCUUGUCUGUCUGAUUUAGACAUGCAAGGCGAUCAUUUGAUCACAUGUGGAUUUACUCAAUCGGCAACAGUUGCAGUACCAGAGCCAUAUGUACUGGUAUGGGACGUCCGUAGAGUGAAAGGCAAAGCGGCUUGGUCUAUACCCACAGUAUCACCACCGUUGUUGUUGCAUUUUGUACCGGCCGUUUCUGGUAGAGCCGUUGCUUUAGCUGGAGAUGGUCAUGUCACUUUGUUCCACGUUAAUGGAGCCCAUGAGUCUGAAUAUCAAUCUGUUUUUCAGGUCGACACCCAAAAUUCCCAAUGCAGCGUCAUGGACGUCUCUUCUACUAGUCAAGCUCUCGUGUUUGGUGAUCAGUCGGGUCAUCUACAUUUAUUCUCGGCUCAACAUAAUCACGAACCGCAUUUUAACAAUUUUUCUAGGUAUAGAGUAAUAUUUGACGUUUAUUUAAUUUCUAAUCAAAGGAUAGUAAAGCCUAUACGUAAAGUUAGAACAAAGUUGGGUCAACCUUUCCAGACUCUCGAGAAGAAAAAAAUGGCAACUGAAUUUGCAGACCCAGUACCUGAACUGCCAGCUGUCAGUUUUAACGAUACAACAUUCCAAUUCUCAUCUGUACCUUUACCUCCCCUUGCGUCCGGUACGAGAUGGUUCAACGAGUUACCACCUGAAUUCUUUAAGAAAGUUUAUAGGAAACCAAAGCCAAUUGAUCCUGAAGUCUUAAAAACUAUGAAGAUGCAGGGUCCAAUCGGUUACGCUCCAAAUCCAAAGACUCAUAGACGAAACGAGAUGCCCUACGUUGAAGACAAUUUAGAUGAAUUGAAGAAGAACGAUGCCAAUAUUAAUGUCCAGCCAAUUCCUAGACAUUACUUGAAAUCUGAAAUGCGUUUCAAUAAAUUAGUGCCAAGUGAAGACGAGGUAGUUAUAAAUAGGACGGGCUUGCCUGGUCUUGAAUCGACAGUUCCGAAUUCCUAUUGCAACGCAAUGUUACAGGUGCUAUACUACAUUCCACCAUUGAAGGCAACGUUGUUGGCGCACACUUGCGCAAAAGAAUUUUGUCUCAGUUGCGAAUUGGGCUUCCUGUUCCGCACGCUGGACCGCUCGGGCGGCUCGGCGUGCGCCGCCAGCAACUUCCUGCGCGCCUUCCGCACCGUGCCCGAGGCCGCGGCGCUCGGCCUCAUCCUGCCCGAGCGCGCCGAGCGCCCGCCCGACCUCGCCGCGCUCAUACAGAGUUGGAACCGGUUCAUCCUUCAUCAAAUACACUAUGAAAUACUCGAUACACGUAAAAAAGAAAAAGAAAUGGCCUUCCUAGCACAAAAUACAAGUACUCCCAAACCUAGAAUCAAUAACACAAGACAAAUGAAUGGACAAUACGAGUAUCCAUAUAAUAAUGAGCUCGAGUUCCUGGGCCCCUCGGAGUAUGAAGAUGAGUUGGAUGAGGAACAAUGGCGGAAUAACCACGACGUUACAUUUUACCUUAUAUUUUUAGGCACGCCGGAAACAAACCACUUACAUAAUGAAAGUACUGAAACAAAUAGCCGGCAAGCUGAUAACGAGGAAUCUGAGAUAUCGCAACUAUUCGCUAUCGGACGACAGCAAGUUAACAAGUGUAUGAAGUGUAACAAAGAGGAGGAGCGCGAGUCGGCGGCGCUGGCGUGCGCGCUGCAGUACGCGGAGGGCGCGCGCGGGUUCGUGGAGCUGGUGCGCGCGUCGCUGGCCGCGCGCCGCGCCACGCCCGCCUGGUGCGAGCGCUGCGCGCGCUUCACGCCCACCACGCAGCGCGGCCGGAUCCUCAGGUUGCCUCCAAUCUUGGCCAUCAAUUGUGGUGGUGUGACAGCUCAGGAGAAGGCUUACUGGGCGAAGGGUGUCCAAAAAGAAUUGGAAGUUUCAAAAAGACCUGGAACGAGUAAGCCUUGUCGUUACGGUUCACAUUGUGCGAGACCUGGUUGUCGGUUUAAACACCCGGAAAGACCAACAUCAACGCAACAAUGUAACUCUCUGAAGAAUUCAUCGCAGGAAAGCAAUUGUGUUUUGCCACAUCAGUUACAUAUUCGACUGCAAUCUGAUGGAGAGGUUAUUAUUAAUGAAAAGACUGAUUCACCAACAGACAUACGACCAGAUAUUAAUAAGCAUAAGAAGAAACCGGUAACCACAAGAUCGGAACAGGAAUACAACUUAACGGCUGUAGUUGUCUGUGUCGAGGACAAUCCGAAAAAUUUAGUUUCAUACGUUCGAGUACCGGAUAAAAAGGACGAAAUUAGAUGGUUCUUAUUCAACGAUAUGACCAUAAUCCAAGUGAACCAAGAUGAAGUAGUCCAAUUUAGUAGCUGGUGGAAAUCACCGUGCGUCGUUUUCUACUCUAGCGCGGGGCUCGACUCAUAGCCGAUGCUUGAGUAUGGGCCGAACAACGAGCGAUGCUAUGGCCCAUACGAAAUUUACGGUACAAACUACGAAGUACCAGCCGAAGAGACCUUCACGAUACGAUGAGCAUAUUAUAAUAAAGUCUGACGGAAACUAAUAGUACGAAAUGUUAAGAAUAUUCUGGAAGUAGGUUAGUAGAUUAAAAAAUAAUUCCUAGCAAAAUGGAGUAUCGCUUUUGAGAAAGAUUAAUAUAUAAUUGUUACGUAUAUUUUGGUAAAGGACGGCGCUACCAUGAUUACACAAUUUUGUGUAAACGCUAUAUUAUUAUAUUUUUAUUUUUUAUGUAAAGAUGACGAUUUUAUUUUAUUUUUAAAUCUUGAAGCUAAAAUGUUUGUGGACUUAAUCAUUUCAUUUUCUUUUAUCUGCUGAGGCAGUUUAUAUACCAAAUAUCAGAUAUUAAACAAUUUUUGUUUUGCUUUUUUUAAUAAACUAUAUUUUUCUUCUUUA